AUGGCCGCCGCUUUCGAUGAGGAAGACCUCGCUAUCCCCCUCCCUUCCGAUCGCGAUCGUCGUGAGAGAAGGCCACCCCAGAACCAGAACCCCGCCGCCAUGGCUAUGCCGCCUUCAAAGUCCACUGGGAAACCGGAAGAUCCGUUGCAGUCACCCUCAACCACACGAGACAUGCAGCGCCUCGACCAGUACCAGACCAUUCGGGUGCUGGGCGAGGGGUCCUUUGGAAAAGUGAAGCUCGCCAUUCAUCAGCCCAGUGGUCGCCAGGUAGCUCUGAAAAUUAUCUCGCGACGCAAGCUGUUAUCUCGGGAUAUGGUUGGUCGCGUGGAGCGUGAAAUUCAGUAUUUGCAAUUGCUGCGACACCCUCACAUCAUCAAACUCUAUACCGUGAUUGCGACCAAGAGCGAUAUCGUCAUGGUGUUGGAGUAUGCGGAACGUGAGUUGUUUGACUACCUUGUGCGGAAGGGACGAUGCGGCGACGAUGAGGCACGGAAGUUUUUCCAACAAAUUAUCUGUGCGGUUGAGUACUGCCAUCGACACAAAAUCGUUCACCGUGACCUGAAGCCCGAGAACUUGCUCAUCGACAACCAAAAGAAUGUGAAGAUUGCGGAUUUCGGAUUGAGUAAUAUUAUGACGGACGGCAACUUCCUCAAGACCAGCUGCGGUAGUCCCAACUAUGCAGCACCGGAGGUCAUCUCUGGAAAGCUCUAUGCGGGCCCCGAAGUGGACGUGUGGAGUUGUGGAGUGAUCUUGUAUGUCCUGUUGGUCGGUCGUCUGCCCUUUGACGACGACUAUAUCCCCGCCCUCUUCAAGAAGAUUGCCGCGGGUACUUUCCACAUUCCCGGAUACAUCUCAUCUGGGGCAGCUCGUUUAAUCCGGGCAAUGCUUCAGGUCCAUCCCGUUCACCGAAUCACCAUUCCUGAGAUCAGAUUAGACCCAUGGUUUACCAAGAACCUCCCCUCAUACUUGGAGCCACCCCCCGAAGAGUUCAUCGCGCCAGGAGUUGAUCCAAAGAAGGUCGAUAACGGAAAGCUUGAUCCCGCAAAACCGGCACCGGUACAACACAAGAUCCACACGAUUGCCGUCUCGAAGCUUGAAAGAAGCAUGGGAUACGGCAAGGAGGACAUCGAAGAAGCACUGAGACACCCAGAGCCCAGCGCAAUCAAAGAUGCAUUCUCCAUCGUCGUCGAGAAUGAAAUGAUGCAGACUAACUCACCCACGGAAGAUAACAUACUCGCCCAGAAUGUGCAACCGAGAGGAGCUGCACCUUCAUCCUCAGACAGAGCUUCCGCCCCGAGGCAUCCACCGCAGUCUGCAGCUGCACGACAAAGAGCCACCAGCGUGUCGCACCGCAGAGCCUCGGAAGAACCCCAUCCAGAAGCCGGGGAACCUCGCAUCAGCCACGUUCGAAUCCUCCCCACGAGUUUACCGUAUGUGCACGAGCAGCUCAUGGAGCAGCGCGAACACGAGCGGAGAGCACGCAACGAAAUGCUUGAACAGCGACGCCAGGAAGGCCUCGACCUUGACCAUCCAAGCCAGGCUGCUUACCGGGACAUGUCUCCAGAGGAGCAAGCUGCUACUGCUCGGGCAUUGAAACCUCACGCACGCAGCGUUGUUGACUUGGAUAAACUUCGCUUCGAGCCGCCAACCGGCCAACCGGUCGAAAAACAACCUAAGAGAAGCCGCAAGUGGCAAUUCGGCAUCCGUUCACGAAACCAGCCCUACGAGGCUAUGCUAUAUCUGUACCGGGCGAUUGCUGCCCAGGGUGGUCUGUGGGAUAUCCAACCCGCUGAAUCAGGCACCAAUAUCGGCCCCGAUGCAAUCCCAUCCGAUAAAUCCAAACCCCUACAGAGCAAAUAUCCCGACCUCCCAUCAGACUACUACAUCCCCAAAGACCCAUGGUUCAUCCGUGCCCGACUAUUAAAGGAAGGCAUUAAAGCCCCUGGUGCGGGCAACACAAGCGUCUACAACAGCCGCAGUGACCUCGAAGAACUCCGCCGUCGCUUCAACAUCUCCGGCCUCUCCGUGCCCACCGAAGACCGCCACCACCAGUCCUCCGCACCAGACAGCGGUCUUGCCUCCGGUGCAUCAUCUGCCGCAGGCCCAACCGGUCUCCCCCACAUCACCUACGGCGUCUGGGUCUUCCUGGACAUCCAGCUCUACCAACUCGAAGAAAACAACUACAUGGUCGACUUCAAGUGCGACGGAUACCAGAAUGUGAUCCGGCCCGAGGGCGAUACAGAGUGGCAUCCUAUCAGCAAGCGUUUCAUGAACAAGGAGAAGGAGGUUACAAGCCCUUACCCCUUCCUUGACGUGGCCUCUGAUCUCGUUGCCCAGCUGGCUGUGGCUAGUUGA